GCCGAUGAUGACCAUGAUUACGAUGAUGAUGGUGAUGAUGAAGAAGAAAUCGCUGAUGGUGACACAUGAUGAUGAUGAUGAUGAUGAUGAUGAUGAUGAUGAUGAUGUGAUGGCCGAUGAUGACCAUGAUUACGAUGAUGAUGGUGAUGAUGGCAACUGAUAAUGGUGUGAUGGCUGAUGAUGGGACAUGAUGAUGACGAUGAUGAUGAUGGUGGUGGAGGUGGCAAUGAUGAUGACGAUGAUGAUGAUGAUGAUGAUGAUGACGAUGAUGCUGAUGAUAAUGACGACGGUGGUAAUCAUGAUGUUGAUGAUGGCGAUGAUGAUGAUGAUGAUGAUGAUUGGCGGAAUGAUGACGAUGACGAUGAUAAUGAUGAUGAUGAUGAUGAUGGGCGGAAUGAUGACGACGAUGAUGAUGAUGAGUCGGUCAUUAUCACGAAGAAUGAACGGCAAUGGUCAUGGGGGGAUAGCAUCAUCAACUACUGCGUGAUUGUGUACAUGGAUGACAUCUUGGUGUAUUCGAGCUCCUACGAAGGACACGUGCAACACAUCGAAUGGGCACUGCAUGCGUUACGAGAUGCAGGUUUCAAGGUGGCGCUUGAGAAGUGUCAGUUUUUCCUCACCACCAUUUUCUUCCUGGGGCACGUGGUGACAGACAAAAGACUCCAACCGGAGCCGCAGAAGGUGGCAGCUGUCAGGGACGCGCCAGUGCCUACCACUAUCACGCAAGUUCGCGCCUUUCUGGGCCUAGCCUCAUAUUACCGAAGAUUUAUCAAGAGCUUCGCGAUGAUUGCGGGACCCCUCACAAAUCUCCUGCGCAAGGAUCAGCCGUUGAUCUGGACGCCGGAGUGCGAUCAAGCGUUUUCCAAACUCAAGGCUGCUCUCAUUUCGGCUCCGGUCCUUAUAAGACCGGAUACUGAAAAACCUUUUGUUCUCAUCACCGAAAGGCAGCCAGAGGCGAUUUCGACGAUCCUUGCCCAGGUGGGACCAAGCGGACUCGAGAGUGUGGUGGAGUAUGCGUCCAAAUCAGUACCCGCCUGCAAGCGCAACUACGCCGCUCCGACGGAAGAAUGCUAUGCGACUCUCUGGGGAAUCAGUCACUUUCGUGCUUACCUGUACGGGCGAAAGUUCACCCUGGUGACUGAUCAUGAGCCCUUGUUGGCUCUGAAGAAGUCGAAGGAUUACUCGGGCACGAUUGGGCGAUGGCCAACGAUGCUGCAGAGCAUGGACUUUGACGUCCGUCAUCGGAAGCAUGAGAGACACGGGAAUGCGGACGGACUGACACGACUGCACCGGCCUGAGAAAGUUCCGAGGAAUGAGGAGGUGAUUCUGUGGAACGAACCCGAACAGGAGAUUGGACCUCGGUACAACCAAGUGGAGAUCUUAUCGAAGCAAUCUCCGCCGUUUGAUGCGAUUCUUCUGCGACGAAGGUAUCUGUGCCACCGCCGAUUUCGGAUAGAAGGAAGCCCUCAUGCGAUAGUGUUCGCGGAGGUUACUGCAGUUCAUCGGCGAGCGGGUCCCAGAACGAGCCACGUCACCACAGUGGCGGGAUUCACCGGCGACAUCAGCUCGGUCAAUCCGCUGCGGCAUACCGCGAUCUUGGCCUCGCUGCGCGAGUGGACGGAGCAAGUGUCCAACGUGUGGCAGCACGUCCUCGCCUGGGAGGGCUAUAACAUCAUCCCGAUCUUUGCAUCGGACCUUGACGUGACGUGGACGGGCACUAGCGAGCAUUCCACGUGGAUUGAGAAUCCGGAGCUGUUGAUCAUACAGGGUUGGAGGACUAACGCGGAAGGUGACCUUAUUGGAUUCCUCUUUGGAUCGGUACGAGCGGGUCGCUGUCAGUUGAUUACACAGGAUCUCAUCGCACCGAUCGUGCAAUUGGCGGACGAUCUCUCGCCCGACAUCUACUUUCACAGUGACAACAGUCCUGCUCCGUACAUUUUCGAGCGAUCCUUGGAUCCGUACCUUCAGUGGACUUCGUGCUUGGAGGAACCUAGGGACGAGGAUGCGCUACCAUCGCGGCAAGAGUAUCUGAAGCCAUACGAGAUCAUCCCUUACGCCUUCUACCCGAGGGCAGAAGAAGUGGUGAUCGACGACAACGACGACGAAGAAGAAGACGACGACGAGGAAACAUCGGAGGAUGGAAGCCAUAGUGAACAUAGCGAGGGCGAGCUGAGUGAGGAGGAAGAGGAAGAAGAAGGAACCGGGUCCGUGUGGAAAGUCCCGCCGGAGGAAGCCACGCGCACGGGAACGGAAGCGGAAAAUCCGGAAGUGGCGCAGAAGCGCGAAGAAAUUGUCGUCGGGAAGCGCCAGCUGCCCUUCGCUAGCGAGGCUAGCCUGCGCAUCGGUAGCGAUCCAACCAGGGAUCCGGAGCCGCCGAGGCCCGAAGAUGGCGACACUGCAGCUGCCACCUCAAGAUGCUCUUUCACAAUGGCGGAGUUCGAUGAACCACAGUGGCGAUGCUGGCAGAAUACAGAUCAUGAUCCCGCUACCUACUUGAGAAUCUCAUGUAUAGGAGAAUCUGAUGCGUACGAGCUGGAAGGGUGUCAAGAACAGUGUUGGGAUGACUGUGCGGGAGUUGUGCACAUUGCCAACAGAGCCGAGUGGCAGGAUGGAACCAGGUGCUGCUUCCUCAAGACCAGAAUCCGAGAGAGCAAACUCAAACCCCAGCAAGGCCGCACCACCUGCAAGAAAAUAUAGACAGAAAACUACGGCGCAGUCAGUGUUUGAGUUUGAAAAUGCACUUGAGGCAAAAGGGCACUCU